AUGGGAAACGGCCUCGGCAAGUUCACCAGCUGCCUCUGCGGGGCAAACCUGGAGGAUCACCUGCAUCGCCGCCGCGGCCACUACGGCAUCUCCACGACGAUGCUCGAGAACCACGACGAAGGGCUCGGCCACUCCUUCUGCUACGUCCGCCCCGACCCCUCCCGCCUCUCCUCCUCCAAGGUUCACCACUCCGACGAGCCCGGCGCCGACGUCGCCACCUCCGCCACGGCGCUGCCGCCAUCGAUGACGACGGGUACGACGACGACGACGACGACCUUCCGGUCCAUCUCCGGCGCCUCCGUUAGCGCUAACACCGCCACCGCGCUUUCCACCUCCAUCGUCGCCGACCUCUACUCCUCCGCCUCCGGCGGGUUCCUCGACCGCGCAGCCGCCGCCUUCGACUGCUCCACCUCCUUCUCCUCCGUGCCACUGCAGCCCGUCCCCCGGGGGUUCCUCAGCUCGGGGCCGCUCUCCGGCCCGGUCGACAGGGGAUUCAUGUCCGGCCCUAUCGAACGGGGAUUCAUGUCCGGCCCUCUCGACCGCGGCAUCUUCUCCGGCCCGCUUGACAGAUCCUCCGCCGCCACCCAGCUCCGGCGGAGCUUCUCCCAGGGAGGAGGGUACCCCUACCGGCCGAGGACCAGGCGGGGCUCUCUGAUCCGCGGCCUCCGGCGGGUCAUCGCUCGGACGAUCGCCCGCGGGCACAACUCCAUGGUGGCCCCCGUCAAAGCCUCCACCACCGCCGGUGGUGGCGCCACCGCCGCCAGGGAAGCGGACGCCGGCGAGAACGGCUUCAUCAGCAGCGACGCCGCCCCGAGCAGCAAUCAGAGCCUGGAGGAUGAGGCCUUCGACAACGGCGGCUUGCAGUGGGCGCAGGGGAAGGCUGGGGAGGAUCGAGUCCACGUGGUGAUCUCCGAAGAGCACGGAUGGGUCUUUGUGGGGAUCUACGACGGUUUCAAUGGCCCCGACGCCCCCGACUUCCUCCUCUCCAACCUCUACUCCGCCGUUCACACCGAGCUGAAGGGGCUUCUGUGGAAGGAGAGCUUCUGCAACGAGCCCGAUUCCGCCGGCUCGCCGGAGGUUUCCGAUGAUCCCCCUGGAGGAGCCGCGAAGCUGCCUCCGCUGCCGUCGAAGAGGUCGAAGAAGAGGUCGAGAGGGGCGGCGAAGAAGUGGGAGGAGACGCAGAGGAGGUGGAAGAACGAGUGGGAGAAGGAGAGGUUGGAGCUGGACCGGAAGCUCAAGGAGCAGCUGGCCCAGUCGAACGCCGGCGGCGCGGCGGUGAAUCACUCGGAGGUUCUCAAGGCCCUGUCCUCUGCUCUCAGGAAGACCGAGGAAUCCUACCUGGACAUCGCCGACAACAUGGUGGCGGAGAAUCCGGAGCUCGCCCUGAUGGGCUCCUGCGUCCUGGUGAUGCUGAUGAAGGGGGAGGACGUCUACCUGAUGAAUGUGGGGGACAGCCGCGCCGUCCUCGCCCAGAAGGCGGGGCCCGACGUGUGGGGCUCCGUCGGGAAGGCCACCCAGGACCUGGAGAAGAUCAAGGAGGAGCCUCUCGACGAUUUCGACGAAGAGGUGGACGGGCCGCCGAGCUUGGUGGCGCUGCAACUCACCCUCGAUCACAGCACCAGCGUGGAAGAGGUAGGAAGAACCAGAGCCCAUUCCCCCUCUAGGUUUCUUCUCUUUCGGGUCUUCUUUGAUCACUGGUUCUCUUGCCAUGAACUCACUCUUCGUUUCCGACGAGGAUGCAGGAAGUUCGGAGGAUCAAGAACGAGCACCUGGACGACGCCGCCGCGGUGAUGAACGACCGCGUCAAGGGCUCCCUCAAGGUGACGAGAGCUUUCGGCGCCGGCUUCCUGAAACAGGUAGGCCCCAACUUUCAUCUCUCUCUCUCUCUCUCUCUCUCCUGUUCAGUGCUCGUCAUUGUCAUCGAUUCUGGAAACGGUAGGUUCAUGAUCUGUUCAACAGUUUGGAGAAGCAAGAACCACAACCCGCAGGAAUCUCCCGACACGAUUAAGAACAAUUUCUUGAAGACGGGUUGUGAUUAGGUUUAAGACAAAUUCAUAAACUGUUUUCUUGAAUUCCCAAGCCCUCCACCCAUCGGCCCAGUUCCGGGAUCCACGCGGAAAGAGGUCUAAAGGUUGUCCGACUUUCCGGCGGCCAUCGCCGGUGGCUGCCGACAAGGCUUUUGGGUCAAAGCUGCUCUGUUCCGGAAGAACCAGAGGGCCGGCCGUCCCUCUCGUCGGAUUCCUCGUUCUCACAGUGCUCGGCCAUCAGACCCAAAAACAAAGAUUUCCCCCCCACCGCGAUCCCCAGUGACAUGUCCCGUCAUCUCCCACAGGAGAGAAAUAAGAUGGCGGAGAAGAUGGUGUUCUGGUAAACGAGUUCGGUUCAUGUCUUGUCGAUCUCCGUCUGAUCACUUUCUUUUUUUGUUUUUACUUCCAUGGCAGCCCAAGUGGAACGAGGCCCUGCUGGAGAUGUUCAGGAUAGACUACGUCGGCAGCUCCCCCUACAUCACCUGCAACCCCUCGGUGUGCCAUCACCGGCUGGGCCCGAGAGACCGGUUCCUCAUUCUGUCGUCGGACGGGCUCUACCAGUACUUCACCAACGAGGAGGCCGUCGCAGAGGUGGAGCUCUUCAUCGCCUCCUUCCCCGAGGGGGACCCCGCCCAGCACCUGGUCGAGGAGGUUCUCUUCCGGGCGGCAAGGAAAGCCGGUAAGUCAACCCCCCCCCCCCCCCCCACGCCUUUGCAGAGAGAGAGAGAGAGAGAAGUCAAGUCCUCCAGGAUCAUGAUCUGACCACCGACUGUUACUUGGCAGGGAUGGACUUCCACGAGCUGUUGGAAAUCCCGCAGGGCGACCGCCGGAAGUACCACGACGAUGUCUCCGUCAUCGUGAUCUCCUUGGAAGGCAGGAUAUGGAGAUAUAGCGUGUAG